GCAUUGUGGAUUGAGCAACUGAUGGAAUCCAACGUGUUGAAGCAGGCCGCUUGACUUAAAAUUUUAAAGAAAACCUAUGCUUGCUGGGUAAAAGGUAUCAAGUGAUAUGAAGCAAGGUGAAUGUAAAGAAUUUAAAGAGAAAUUUAUGAAUUGCCUACGAGAAAGCAAGUUUGACAAUUCUCUGUGCAGACAGCAAUCGAAGGAAUACUUGGAGUGCAGAAUGGAAAGGCAGCUGAUGACAAAAGAGCCACUGGAAAAGCUGGGAUUUAAAGAUCUCGUUGACAGCAACACAUCGGAGAAACAGCACCAGAUGAAAACGUAACUGUAGAGGAACACAUUCCAAAUACAAACUAAAUAGGAGGCCAUUGAUGGACAUAUUUUCAUAUCAACUCUGUAUAUAUUGGAAAAUAUGUUAACUUUCUGUAUAAUAAAUGUGGAAAAAAUA